AACAAAAACCCUUGGACGGAAGAGAAAACCCUAGAAACGACGAUCAACGAUGACGCAGAAGAGCAAUCAGUUCAAGGGUCAGCAGAAGAGGAAGGCUAUUGCCCCUAAUCGCCAUGGCAAAUCCAUUCAAACUCGCAAAGGGAAGAGAAAUGUGAAACCAUCAAAAUCAACGAAAGAGAUGGACACUGAUCGGGAGCUUACCAAAUUCAUAAACCAUUGCAAUGAAGUGAAAGCAGCUAAUGCAGCUUGCAAAGAAGGUGGUCAACUUAACAUUAUCAAGGCUGAAUCUCAAGCUGAGCCAUCCAAAAAAUCAGCCAAAUAGAUGACAACAAACAAUUUUGCUUUUCUUGUGUUUUCGUUUCCAGUGUUUCAAACUUUUGUAAUCCUCACUAUUCAAUCAAUUAUAAUGCUAUUGUUAUCACCAA